UCUGUGCCAAUAGUCUUCUUGCAGCCAUGGUGAACGUUCCUAAAACUUGUCGGACUUUCCGCAAGAAGUGUGGCAAGCACCAACCCCACAAAGUGACACAGUACAAGAAAGGCAAAGAUUCUCUUUAUGCCCAGGGAAAGCGGUGUUAUGACAGGAAGCAGAGUGGCUAUGGCGGGCAAACUAAGCCAAUUUCCCAGAAAAAGGCUAAAACCACAAAGAAGAUUGUUCUGAGGCUUGAAUGUGUUGAGCCCAACUACAGAUCUAAGAGAAUGCUGGCCAUUAAGAGAUGCAAGCAUUUUGAACUGGGAGGAGAUAAGAAGAGAAAGGGCCAAGUAAUCCAGUUCUAAGCUUCAUAUUUUGUUAUGUUAUGAAGACAAUAAAAUCUUGAGGUUAUGUUCACUUCAUUUGGUUGCAGUUGGUCUUUUGAGCGUGAAAUAAGCUAGCGCCCUCAAUAAAAUUCCCUUUGUGGAGAAAUUUAAAAAAAUAAAUAAAUAAAAUAAAAUUAUUUUGGGAAAAAAAGAACAGGAGAUACUACUUUUUAAGUAGCCUAAUUUCUAAACUUAGUAGGCACUAGAAUAUAUUAUAAAGCAAAACUAAAAAUCAAGGUGGAAAAUGUAAAUCAAGGAGCACCUGGGUGGCUCAGUUGGUUGAGCAUCCAACUUCCAUUCAGGUCAUGAUCUCACAGUUCAAGAGUUCAAGACCCCCCACCGUCCGGAUCUGUGCUGAUAGCUUGGAGCCUGGAGCAUGCUUCGGAUUCUGACUCCCUCUUUCUCUACACCUCCCCUGCUUGCACUCUGUUUCUCUCUCUCUCAAAAAUAAAUAUUAAAAAAAUUUUUUUUAAGAAAAAAUAAAUGGACAAAAUGGAAAUAGCAAAA